GAGGAAGGAAGAAGAGGCUGACGCGUGGGGGCCCACGUGGGUCCCACGCUGAGUCAGCUGCCACAUAGGAUAAAACCGAGUCAAAACCGCCUAGAACCGCCGAGAGAUCUAAUUUGCACUGGUUUUGUAAGUUUGGAGAUGCGUCAUCCGGUUUUACAGUUGAAGGACGAUUUUGUAAUUCGAUGACAAGUUGAGGGACCUUUGGUAUACUUUUUCCUUUUGCCAUUUAUAGAUGAGAUUAUUUGCUCCGUUUGCAAAACGGAAGAGGCAAUCCAGCCAGGUUGCUUCCGGCCCGGCCCAACACGACGGCGGCACGAGGACCCGGUGAUCUCUCCCUCCCAUCCUGGCCGUCCACGUGUGCAGCCCGCUACGCUUCCAAGCGCUAGCGCCGCCGAUCCGACCCAGCCGAAUCCGUCUUUCCUCUCCUCCUCCUCCUCCUCCUCCGACCACCGGCCAGCCGGCGAAGUCCUCCGCCGCGGAGCUCACCUCCUCCGGCGCCGGCGACGCCCCCCUCGGUAGCCCCGGGGAGGACGCCUUUCCUCCGGCGACCACUUCCCCAGUCGCCGCCUCCGCCGCUCCUCGAACCACUCACGCGCCGCGCGGGCUCCUGUCCCAGGCUAUCAGCCGCGAUUUCCCUACCCCUCUCGCCGGAUACCUCGCCGCCGUCCAAGAGCUAGCGUCUCUGAUGGAGGAAGAGCGCAUGGAGCCGCCGCCGCCGCCGCCGUACAUCCACAUCGAGACCAACGAUUUCUUGCACAGGAGGCACAAGAGGCAGAAAGAGGAGGACAUAGCUGUGUGUGAGUGCCAGUAUAAUCUGCUGGAUCCGGACAGCGCGUGCGGGGAUCGGUGCUUGAACGUCUUGACUAGCACGGAGUGUACGCCUGGAUACUGCCUCUGCGGUGUAUACUGCAAGAACCAGCGAUUUCAAAAAAGCCAAUAUGCUGCGACAAGGCUGGUAAAAACUGAAGGGCGUGGAUGGGGCCUUUUGGCUGAUGAGAAUAUUAUGGCUGGACAAUUUGUUAUGGAAUAUUGUGGAGAAGUAAUAUCAUGGAAGGAAGCCAAGAGGAGAUCUCAAGCAUAUGAAAACCAGGGUUUAACGGAUGCCUAUAUUAUCUAUCUGAAUGCUGAUGAGUCUAUCGACGCAACAAAGAAGGGGAGCCUGGCAAGAUUCAUCAACCAUUCGUGCCAACCAAACUGUGAGACAAGGAAAUGGAAUGUUCUUGGGGAAGUAAGAGUGGGAAUUUUUGCGAAACAAGAUAUUCCAAUCGGAACGGAACUAUCCUAUGACUACAACUUUGAGUGGUUUGGUGGUGCAAUGGUGAGGUGCCUUUGUGGAGCUGGCAGCUGUUCUGGAUUUCUUGGGGCUAAAUCACGUGGUUUCCAGGAGGCUACAUACCUGUGGGAAGAUGAUGAUGACAGGUUUUCUGUUGAGAAUGUUCCCCUUUAUGAUUCUGCUGAUGAUGAACCUACCAGCAUUCCAAAGGACAUCUUAAUAAAAGAUGAGCCAAAUACACAGGAUGGCAACAACAACACAAUCCAAAAUACUGGGAUUCCUAUUAUUGCAAGUUCAAGUGAAUUCACACCGAUGAAUGUUGAACCAUCGAUUGCGAGUUCAAAUGAGUUCACACCGAUGAAUGUUGAACCAUUGAAUGUGAGCUCAAAUGAAUUGACACCAAUGACUAUUGAACCAUUGAAUGCUAUUCCAAUGGGAGUUGAUUUUACUCAGAAUGGAUCAAUUGAAUAUGGUGCGCAAUGUGCUGAAGAUGCUCUGCAAAACUCAACGCGUGGAGUUGCAAACCUCCAGAAUCAAAGUGCGCCCCGGGACAACAACCAUACAGAGUUGGUUGCGGUGAAACGUAGACCCACACUUCGUGGUGGAAAAGCUAAACGUGGUAUGCGCAAGCAACUGAAUGUUGUGGGUAUCUGUGAUCGGUUAGCAUCAGAGGUGGCACGUGAAGAAAUAUUGUAUUGCGAGGAAAUGAAGAAUGAAGCUGCUGCUGAAAUUGACAGCCUGUACGACGAGAUAAGGCCGGCGAUCGAAGAGCAUGAGAGGGAUAGUCAAGACAGCGUGGCCACAAGCCUUGCAGAGAAGUGGAUUGAGGCUAGCUGCUGCAAGUACAAAGCUGAUUUUGAUCUGUAUGCUUCCAUUAUCAAGAAUCUUGCUUCCACACCUCUAAGAUCAAAAGAAGACGCGGCCCCUACAGAGCAAAAUGGAUUGAUGUACUUGGAAAACGGUCCAUGAACCGAUUUACAAAUUGGACUUGUAAAAGCUAGAAAAAGGCUAGAGAUUGAUUGUCAGACAUAGUUGAGGUUUAGGGGAUUAUCUUCCCUGAUACAAUUUGGUUAAGAAAAUUAUGCAAGGUCAUAUUUUUCUUAUUGCAAAUACCAUUAACGUGAGUAUGUUUACUCAUGGAAACCCUGAAAUACCUGGUGUUACAAAUUUCGAAGUCUACUCCAUGUCUGCGUUUCGGUA